CGCGGAGCCGCCGCCAUGCCCGACUCGCCGGCCGACGUGAAGACGCAGGCCCGCUCCACGCCGCCCGGCAUGCCCCCGCCGCCCGCCGCGCAGGGAGCCCCGCGCCACCCCUCCUUCACACCCAGCACCAAUCGAGACGCUGGCCCUCCGACGUUUCUGCCUCGCGGCCGUUUUCAUGGUUGCUUGAAAUGGUCGAUGGUCUGUCUUUUGAUGAACGGGAGCAGCCACUCGCCAACCGCCAUCAAUGGGGCUCCGUCCACCCCCAACGGGUUCAGCAACGGGCCAGCCACCUCCUCCAGCGCCUCCCUGUCCACCCACCAGCUCCCUCCGGCCUGCGGUGCCCGCCAGCUCUCCAAGCUGAAGCGCUUCCUCACCACCCUGCAGCAGUUUGGGAACGACAUCUCCCCCGAGAUCGGGGAGCGGGUGCGCACCCUCGUCCUGGGGCUCGUGAACUCCACCCUCACCAUUGAGGAGUUCCACGCCAAGCUCCAAGAAGCCACCAACUUCCCGCUGCGACCCUUUGUCAUCCCCUUCCUCAAGGCCAACCUGCCGCUGCUGCAGCGGGAGCUGCUGCACUGCGCCCGCAUGGCCAAGCAGACCCCGGCCCAGUACCUGGCCCAGCACGAGCAGCUGCUGCUGGACGCCAACGCCUCCUCUCCCAUCGACUCCUCCGAGCUGCUCCUGGAGGUGGGCGAGAGCGGCAAGAGGAGGACGCCAGACAGGACCAAAGAGAACGGUUUGGACCGAGACCCCCUGCACCCCGAGCACCUCAGCAAGCGGCCGUGCACCAUGAGCCCAGCGCAGCGCUACAGCCCCAGCAACGGGCUGAGCCACCCCCCGAACGGGCUGGGGCACCCCCCGGCCGGCCCCCCCCUGCCCCAGCACUACCGCCUGGAGGACAUGGCCAUGGCACACCACUACCGCGACAGCUACCGGCACCCCGACCCCCGGGAGCUCCGCGAGCGCCAGCGGCCCGCCGCCGUGCACGGGACGCGGCAGGAGGAGGUGAUCGACCACCGGCUCACGGACCGCGAGUGGGCGGAGGAGUGGAAACACCUCAACAACCUGCUGAACUGCAUCAUGGACAUGGUGGAGAAGACGCGGCGGUCGCUGACGGUGCUGCGGCGGUGCCAGGAGGCCGAUCGCGAGGAGCUCAACCACUGGAUCCGGCGCUACAGCGACGCCGAGGACAUGAAGAAAGGCAGCCCCCCCGCCGCACGCCCCCACAACUCCUCCUCCGCCGCCGCCGAGGCUCCCCAGUUAGACGCUCACCGGGACUUCGCGCCGCGGCCGCUCUCCGGGUACAUGCCCGAGGAGAUCUGGAGGAAGGCUGAAGAAGCCGUGAACGAGGUGAAGCGCCAGGCCAUGUCCGAGCUGCAGAAGGCCGUGUCGGACGCCGAGCGGAAAGCCCACGAGCUGAUCACCACGGAGCGCGCCAAGAUGGAGCGGGCCCUGGCCGAGGCCAAGCGGCAGGCGUCCGAGGAUGCCCUCACCGUCAUCAAUCAGCAGGAGGACUCGAGCGAGAGCUGCUGGAACUGCGGGCGGAAGGCGAGCGAGACGUGCAGCGGCUGCAACACGGCGCGCUACUGCGGCUCCUUCUGCCAGCACAAGGAUUGGGAGAAGCACCACCACGUCUGCGGGCAGACUCUGCAGGGGCUGCCGGGCCCCGCCGCGCCCGGCCCGGGCCAGCCCGACGGGGUGCCCGCCAUGGCCAGCAGCCCCAGCGAGGCGGGCUCGGUGGCCGCGUCCCGCGCCGGCACUCCGGCCACGCCGGCGCCGCUGGACAGCGCGUCCCGCUGAGCCGCCACGGACUGCACCCCGUGCCAUUUCCUCAGCUACCUGACUCGUGUGACCUCCGAAACGACCUCUCUAGCUCUCACAACUAAUCCUCACGGAUCCUCAAGCUAGGCUUUAAGUGGAGUUAAGGCAAAUACCGGUCUCUGUUCUUUCUUCAGUCUUUGUUUUGGCUUUUUUCGGUUGGUUUUCUGUCGGUUGGGGGAUUGCGGUUUGGGAUUUUUUGGGUUUUUUGGCUGUUUUUAUUUUUCUUUUUUGCUCUUUGGAUGAGGGAUUUGGCUCCAGCAUCACCAAGCAGUGCUGUGGGGAGAGACCAGCCCGAUCCCAUCCCCCAUCAGCGCUGCCGAGGGGCUCACUUGGAGGAGGAAAGAACCUUCCUUUCUUCAUCUCUCUCUUCCUUUUUUUUUUUCUUUUUACCUUUUUUUUUUUUGUAAAAAAAAUAAAGAAAAUAAAAAAGAAAACAUCGAACUCUUUGGCUUUAAGUAAGAAAUUGUAAAAAAGAAAAAAAAAGAAAAAAAAAAAGGAAAAAUCCAAAAACCAGACGACGCGUGACGGACGCUCACCUGUAACUACCUUGCUAGCUAGCCAAGAACAGACCAGACUCACCUCUGCUCCAAAGGAAAUCCAAAACCAAGGAAGAUCCAAACGUCUCUCCACUGCCAAAGUUCGUUUCGUUCUGUUGUCGCUUACUUCCCCUCCCCACAAGGAUGGAUGGACAUGCCCCUGGGGCUUUAAAGAAUUUCUAUUAAAAUAAAGAAAAACAAAAAAAAAAGGUGUUUUUUUACUAAAACCCCAACCCCCAAGGCGUGGGAGGGGGAGAUGGGGCUGAGAACCGCAGCCGGAGCUGGCACAUCUCUACCUCUGCCCGCCACCACCCUGGAAAAGGAGAA